CCAAAAACAAACGUCUCCACGCCGCGCCAAGUCUCGCUUGGUAGUUGAAAUGUCAGUAGAGUUGGCAGCUAAAGUCUUUUGUUUUCUUGCUUUCUGAGCCAACUUGACGCAAUGAGCGGAUAACAUACACGCUGAACACCUCCUUAUUGAAUCACAGAGGAGACCAUUGUAGUCUACAGACAUGGGGGCCCUAUAUUCCCGAUGGAAGACAAAGCCAACCACAGUCGAUCAGCUGGAGAAUAUUGACAAGGAGAUUCAAGAUCUAGAGGACUUCAGAGCCAAAAACCAACGUCUUCAAAAGCUGUGGGUGGGCAGGUUGCUUAUCUACUCUUCAGUCCUUUACCUACUGACCUCUCUGAUUGUGUACUGCCUCUACCUGCCUGAACAAUGGCUGCAGAGACUGUCCAUGGCCCUGCCUUUCUUCAUUUACCCAGUGCUGGUGUGGUUAAUCAGGAAGCUGUUGGUGUUCCUUUUUUCCAAACGCACUGAGAGAAAUAAUGAUAAGUUGGAAGAUUUAAAGGUGGCCAAAAAAAAGAUACUGGAAGAAGUGAUGGAAACAGAGACAUACAAAAAUGCCAAACUCAUCCUGGAACGCUUUGAUCCUGAAGCCAAGAGGAAAGCUGAACUGGAGUCGACCCCGGUGCGUCCUCAGAUGACUCCCAGACCAGGACAAGAGAUCAGGCAGAGAGGGGUUGCAAUGAGACCCAUGCCGAUGGGCACCCCGGGUGCAAUGGCAAUGACUCCCCAGGGAGCACGGCCCACAUUAGGACCAGGAGGUACACCUAUGGAACCUAUUCCUCUCUCAGCUCCAGGAGGACCACCGGACAGAUCUGCUCUGUCUGCAUCUGUCCUCCAUGGGGCAGUACCAAGAACCCCUUGCUCCCCUAUCCCAGGUGUAGGUUUGCACCCACCAGGUCCUCCAUUAGCAAGACCCAUUCUGCCCAAAGACAGAGGAGCAGUGGACCGAGUCAUAGAGUAUCUGGUAGGAGAUGGACCACAGAACAGAUAUGCUCUGGUCUGCCAACAGUGUUUUUCUCAUAAUGGCAUGGCUCUGAAAGAAGAGUUUGAAUACCUAGCAUUUCGAUGUGCAUAUUGCUACUUCCUGAAUCCAGCCAGGAAGACCCGCCCUCAGGCUCCAAGGCUUCCAGAGUUCAGCUAUGAGAGGAGGCUGCGAGCAGAAUCACGUUCCCCUGGACCAUCACAGCAUUCUGGAGCAGGAGCAGAGGAGAGCCCUCCCCCUUCUGGAGCUAAGGCUGCGGCUCCGUGGAACUUGGUCCACAGUUUCCAGAUCCAGCAGAGUCCAAAGAACCCUCAGAAUCGACCUCUGCAGAGUCCAGAUGAGAAAGAGCCGGGGGAAGAUGAACAACCCACUACCGAAGUAGAGAGCGAGAGCCAAUCAGAGGAGCAGCUGCCGGCACAGCAGGAGGACAAAGAAGAAGCAGAAGUGGUUCAGGAGGAGGAAGAAGCGAUGGAAACAGAGCAGAGUCACAGCGCCCCCUGUGAGAAUGAACCUCAGAUGUCGUAGUGGAGGAGAGUCCAGAGAGCAGCAGAGAUGUCUGACCGUUCUGUGCAAAUACAAGGUGUCGUGAUUGGCCAUGAUAGAUAGGUGGCAUUUUAGAGCAAUAUAGGUGGACAAAGAUUUUUAUAAGCACGUCAAUAUCUAAUGUCCUCAAAACCAAAAUCCUUCUCUGUUUUUGUCUAUUUAUUUAUGAAAGAAAUUCUAAAGCAGAAUGUGAAUCAUAAUGUUCAAACAUUUUUUUUGUUAAUUGUCUGACCGUAUUGCCUAAAAUUGUUGCCAACAUAUCAUGGCUUUAACAUAUUUGACAGAAAAGGUGUCAGAUUUAUGAUUGUAGUUCAAAUCUUAAAGCUGGAUUGAGUAGUCAGCUGCUGAUAGGGUUGUUUCUGUGGUAUCUCACAUAGUUAAUUUAUCAGAAUUAAAUGAUUUGUUUUAGGCUCUAAGGCUUCUUUAGGUUUGAUGUAGCUGGCUGCUGUAUGAGUUCUGAUUUUAAGAGUUAUGAAUUUGGAUAGAAAUGCUAGUUCAUAGAUGGUUUGUCAAUUCCAGCAGCAAAAACAUGCCUGAAUCUUGAUUCCAACAAUGACCCUGACCCCACACAGUGUGGCGUCUGUGUAUUCAAUGGCAGUUUAUAAUGAUGCAAAUUUAAGUAUGAAUGAGAUUUAUUGUUUUGUUAGUUUACAGAAUGUUUCUGCCAAGGUCUGUGAGAAAGAGUACUUUGUAAAACGAUCCAGAUAUCGUUCAGUAUGUUUACAUUUAUUCAUACAGGUAUUCUGUCAAGGGUUCUGCUUCGGCUUUUUUUUCAUUGCCUGCUUUUAAUCCCCCAUACAAACAUUAACCUUCUCAGUUUCAUUUUAUUCUGAUGAAAUCUUUUAAUUUUCCUGUGAUUUCUUUUAGAGGCUUUUCACAGACCACAAAAAGGUUUUUAAAAAUUAAAAUGUCUGCAACUGAACUCUGCCAGUGGAGCAAAGGUUCCUAAGUUGGAGGCAAAACAGAGGACUCAAGCAAGAUUUAAAAACAACCUUUUAUCUUUGUUCUAGAAAGCCUCAUGGCGAGUGUAAACCCUGACUAGCUCUGACCACUCUUGCCUUUGUUCCCUCUGUGCUGGGUGAAAGUUAGAGGCCGUCUCCCUCUCCCAUCUGUUAGAUGAAAAUUAUUCGCUUUCAUUUUUUUCAGGCCCCAGUGUGUAAGAUUUAGAAUUGUUUUGGAAUAAACAUUGGUUUGUUUUUGUGUAACAGCCUAGAAAAUAAUAAUCUUUCCAAUUAAGAGUGAGCCCCUCAGAGUCUGUUUGGUUGUACUGUAGCCAAGAAUGAACCAAACACAUGCUCUUUGGAAGUUUAGCUUCAUAUUAGAAAGUAAAAAGUGAGGGGAGCAGUCAUCACUGGAGAGCUUUCUGUAACCUUACCACUAGAUGAUUCUAAAUCCUUCACACUGCUCAUCUUCAUGUCUAACUCCUGCUGCAGUUACUCAGAACUGUGUGCAUAAUAGUUCAUCUCAGAUCAGUGGAACAGCAGGAAGUGUGUUAUUUUAAAUGUGAUGAACAAACAGACCCUUUUUACCUUUCAGUAUAAUCCUCCUGCAUUGUCUGUGCCUUCCCUUGAUCGACACACGUGGUCAGAAAUUGAGGUUAAACUUUUCAUUUUACUAAUCACUUUUCGAUGAACCUCUAACACCGAAAUGAAAUCAGACAUUGGCUGUACACACAUCUUUUUUUUUUUCAGUCAAUAAAAUCUAACUUGUUAGCUUGAAGAUAAAAUGAGUGUUGAUGAGUUAUGCUAACAAAGUCUGUGAACAAACUGAACCUCGAAACAUUUGGCGGGUGAAAGAGAAACACAACGCGCAGCUUAAACUGCCAAUUUAUCUCUUACCCGAUUGUUGCCAACCAAAAUUCCUCCCAGGAUUAUCAUUUGCCAAAUGCACUGUUGUUUAUCUGUAUUUUCUCACUCCAUUUGCACUGAGUUUCUUUUUAUAUUUAUUUGGCAAAACAGUGUUUUAAUCUGUGUUUCAGGAGUUGCUGCACAGUUUGGUUUUAGAGGUGUAAUGUGUGAAAUCCAUGUUACAGUCGUGACUGUAGUGUUUUGUUCUUUUUGCUUUUGUUUCAUUUGAAGUGUUUUAAUGUGUGCACUCAUGACAGGAUCCUGCAGUCUCACUUGUGUCUGGUUGCUUUUGAUAUUUCACUAUUUUCCAUGUAACCCGCCCUGUGUAUAGCUGCUGUGGCAACAGAAACAUUAAAGAGGUUCAUGGGUAAUAAGCA